AUGAGCUCAACCACAUCCACAUCUUCAAUACCAUUCCCAACAACACCAUACAAACCACGGUACGACAACUGGCCCUAUAACGCCUACGACUUCCAGCGCCAAGACGAGAACGACGAUGGUAUCUUCUACCGGCAGCCACGUCUCGUAACGCACAUCGAUGAUCCUGCCAUCGAGAGACUGACUGCGUAUUACGACACUGUGCUGCCAAUGAAGGGAAAGAUCCUGGAUAUGUGCACGAGCUGGAAGAGUUUCUACCCGUCUUCUAUCAAGAGCGCGGUGCAGAAGGGUGAUAUGGAAGUUUUUGGCGUGGGGCUGAAUGCGGAAGAGAUGGCUAUGAAUAGGCUGUUUCAAAGGGAGACGAUGUGGAGGGUUAUGGAUCUGAACAAAACACCAAGUGACCCGAGGGCAGGGUGGCCGGGAGAGGAUUUGAAGUUUGAUGCGGUCACGUGUGUGGUGAGCAUUGACUAUCUAAACCACCCUUUGGAAGUCUGCAGGAACUUGCUAGAAGCAACGAACGAGGGCGGGAGCAUCCAUUUGGCGAUCAGUAAUCGAUGUUUCCCGACCAAGAUUGUGAGGAGAUGGAUGAUGUUGAAUGAGCAGUCGAGGUUGGAGUUUGUCGGAGACUACCUGCACUUCUCUGGAUGGAUUAAUGUUGAGAUUGUGGAUCUCUGCGCCCGAGACGAGAAGGGGCAGAGGAUUACAGACGAUCACGGAACGGUUACCUCCCCAUCUCCCGCUGGACAGCUUAUGGGUCACCUCGAUCCUUUGUGGAUCGUACGAGCAACAAAGGGCGCAGCGAAGUAG